AUGAAUCAUCGCAUAGAGCCGCUCACUCAUCUCCCGCGACCUGAAACAGCGACGGAGUGUCUCACGACGCUUUCCAAAGAUCCUGCAGUCUUACAUAUCAUGCAGAAGCAUCGUUUCUCCGUUGGCUUGCUUACCGAGCUUGCUCCACAUGAGCAUCCUGGGCUUCUAGGUCUUAAUGUCGGGAGUGGAGGUACCAUCAAGCUGCGAAUUCGGCUUGACACAUAUGAUGGGUUUCGCCCGUACUUGGAGGUCAGACGCGUGUUAUGCCAUGAACUGGCGCACAAUGUAUGGGGCGACCAUGAUAAUGACUUUAAAGAGCCGAAUUCUCAGCUUAAUCGCGAGGUUGCAGAUUUUGAGGCUGCAGCAGGAGCAGGAACGCAUCAUCUUUCUGAUUCAAGCGAUAUCUAUCAGCCGUCGUCGGACAAAGAAGUGGAGGCUCUCAUUCAUGUCCUACGUGGCACAGGCCUUCGAGGCAAUGAUACCAUGGAAGAACGGCGGAAAAGGGUGCUGGAUGCUGGAUGCUGGAUGCUGCCACAGCGCGCCUUAGGAACGAAGAAGAAGAACUGGAACGGAGUUGCGGGACUUCUGGACCACAGAAGCAAUCUGGAUGACAGUUGA